AUGAAUGAUAAAUCAAAUAAGAUAUCAGUGCAUGUUAGAAUUAAACCUACAAAUACUCUCAAUUCUUUAAUUAAUAUAAAUAAUAAUGAAUGUACAAUCAAUAAUAAAACUUAUUCUUUUGAGAGGGUUUAUUUUAAUGAAUCACAGUAUGAAAUAUUUGAUAACAUAAAAUUUGUUUUAAAUGAGUUUUUAGAUAAUAAGAAUGCUUCUAUUAUUGUUUAUGGACAGACUGGUAGUGGUAAAACAUUCACUCUUUUUAAUAGAGAUAAUUCUAUGUUAAAGAAUAAUCUUUUAAUAGAAAAUAAUUUUGGUUUAAUAUUUAAUAGUUUAUUUUAUUUGUUUAAUAACACAAACAAUCUUACAAUUUCUAGUAUUGAAAUUUAUAAUGAAAACAUUUAUGAUCUUUUUAACAAUAAUAAGCUUAUUUUAAGACAAUCAAAUGAUAAGCUUAUUUUAAACUUAAAUGAAAUUACUGUUAAUAGUUAUGAUAAAGCUAUAGAAUAUCUAGAUAUUGCCUUAAAUAAUAGAACUGUUCAAUCUACUAAAAUGAAUGCAAAUAGUAGUAGAUCUCAUAUUAUUAUAAAUAUUAUUCACAAUGAUUGUAAGUUAUCUUUUAUUGAUUUAGCUGGUAGUGAAAGAUUUAAUGAUAAUAAUUUAAGAACUACUGUUAGUAUUAAUAGUGGGUUACUGGCUUUAGGUAAUGUUAUUAAUGCCUUAUAUAAAAAGACUAAAAAUAAAAAUACUUAUGUUCCUUAUAGAGAUUCUAAAUUAACUAGAAUACUAGAAAGUGUAUUAAAUAGCAAUGUAUUGAUUAUUGGAUGUAUUAAUAUUGAUUAUGUGUUAGAGAGUGUUAAUACUCUUAAUUUUUGUGCGAGAGCUUCUAAUGUUUAUUUAGAAAAGGAAGUUAUUAAAUCUGAUAAUAAAAAUUUAGAAGUCAUCAGAUUGAAAAAGGAGAUUAUGUAUCUAAAAGAGGAAAUUAAAAAAUUAAAGGGUGUUAAUUUUAAUAAACCAAAUAUAAAAAUUGGUUUAAAACAAAUUAGAAAACCAAUUAAUCACUUAAAUUUUGAAAAUGAUUCAGAUUGUUUAACUAGUAAUUUAACAAAUUUAAAUUUGAUUGAAAAUAAAAAUGUAAAGAAAGUCAGGUUUAUGUCCUUGGAUAGUUCUUCUUUAAUUGAAAACGGUCUUAAAUUAAUUAAAAGUAUAAAAGUAACUCAUACAAUCAUAUCUAUAUUUAGAAAUAAUAUUAUUUAUUUAAAUAAUAAUUUAUACUCAAUUGAUCAUAGAAUAUUAAUUGGUAAUGUAGAUAAGUUCUUUGUUUAUAAUAAUUCAAUAAUUUACAGUCAUUUAAACAUACUUAAAGAAUAUAAUUUAACUAUAAAUGUGUUGUAUGCAUUUGAAUAUGAUAUUAGUUCUAUAUAUAGAAAUAAAGAUAUAAUCGUAAUUGGUCAUGUUAAUGGGAAUAUUUCACUAAAACAAUAUAACAAAUAUUUCAGUAUAAAAGUAAGUAACGAGUGUGUAACAAAUUUACUAAUUGUUGAUAACUUUGUUUACUUUACUAUUCAAAAUAAUCUUUUAAGAUUAAAUUUGUUUACUCGUUCUAUUGAUAAAGUUUUCCUAAUUAGUCAUAACGGUAAAAUUAACAAAAUAAGCUUAUUAAAUCAAAAUAUCAUUAUAACAUGCAGUAGUGAUUUAUCAAUCAAAUUAUUUAAUACUAAAUCAUCAUUUAACACCAUUCCUUACAUUCAUAAACACAAUAUACUGGAUGUAAAUGGAAUCAAAUUAAAUAAUAAACUAAUAGUUGUAAGUUUAGACAUCAAAGGGUGUAUGAAAGUAUUUAAUUAUAAUAAUUUGGAUUUAAGUUGUAUUUAUAAAACUUAUUUAAAAGAAACUGUAAGUGAUGUUUGUAGUAUCAAUUUUAAUAAGAAUAAUUUAAUAGUUAGUUUUGCUAGUGAAAUAUUCAUCUAUGAUUUGAUUAAAUUAGUUAACUAA